AUGACCCAGCCGAGAGAAAAGAAGAUUGGACGAUGGUAUUUUGGAGGAUUGGCCUCGGCUGGGGCAGCCUGCUGCACUCAUCCACUUGAUUUGCUAAAGGUACAUCUACAAACGCAGCAGGCUGGAAAAAUCACACUCGGACAAAUGGCGGUUAAACUACACAAAUCGGAUGGAUUGCUCGCAUUCUACAAUGGCCUCUCUGCAUCAUUGCUGCGACAACUAACCUAUUCAACGACAAGAUUUGCGGUUUAUGAAAGCCUGAAAAAGCAAUAUCCAUCAGAUAAAAACCUGCCUUUCCUACAAAAAGCCUUAUUGGCUGGUGUUUCUGGGGCACUUGGCGGGCUAGUGGGAACUCCGGGCGAUCUUGUCAACGUUCGAAUGCAAAAUGAUGUCAAGUUGCCUCCUGCUGAAAGAAGAAAUUACAAACACGCAUUAGAUGGAGUCCUAAGAAUCAUUCGUGAAGAAGGCAUAGCGCGAUUGUUCGGGGGGGCAACAAUGGCUACAUCAAGAGCAAUUUUGAUGACUAUCGGACAACUUGCUUUCUACGACCAGAUCAAACAGACGAUUCUCGCAUCGGGAUUGGCUCAAGACAACUUGGCUACUCAUUUUGCGGCGUCUAUUACCGCGGCAUCAAUUGCUACCUUGAUGACACAGCCUAUGGAUGUGCUGAAGACAAGAAUGAUGAACGCUUCUCCCGGGCAGUUUAAGAGCAUUAUGGACUGCUUCGUGUUCACAGCAAAGCUCGGGCCAGCCGGUUUUUUCAAGGGAUUUGUUCCUGCAUGGAGCAACACGGAGAAAAGAGAAGGGUUCGAGUUGAUGGCGGCUGACGUGCAGAAGAGUUUGGCUAGGAGAUUUGGAAUCCCACUUGCUGCCGUCGCUCUUGGAGGGGGAAUCGCUCUUGCCUCAAUCUAUUACGUGAAGAAAGGAUAUCGUGCCGUGAUCGUCGAUCGACUCAGCGGGGUUCAAGAAGGUGACGAAUCCGUUGGAGAAGGCUUUCAUCUACUCGUUCCGUUCAAGCAGCGUGCCGUUGUCUUCGACGUCCAACAAACGCACAAAGAGUUUCAAUUGGAGCUCAAGUCAAAAGAUAAUAAAGAGGUAUCAAUUGUUGCGUGUAUUGUCUUUCGACUACAAGUGGAGCGCCUCGUCUUCAUUUACAAAAACUUCGGACCAAACUACGAGCAACAACUCCUAAAAUUUGUACAGGAAACUUUUUCGAAGGCCACAAGAGACUUUGAAAGCUUAAUACUGGCUGACGACACUGAAGGAUUUACAAAGAAGAUCUUCGACAAGCUAAAGGAAAAUAUGAACAAAAUGGACGUCGUAUUGGAAGAUUUGGAGAUGAAAAAUGUUUUCAUCGAAGGAUCAGAUGCUCAAGAAUACGCUCAAAAGACGCAGGCUCAAAGACAAAGCGAAAGCAGAUUGAAGGAGCUCGGUUCUAACUCUUCUGCUUCACUUAAUAUAGUCACUGCCAUGAAAAAUCCACAGGAUGAAACAUUGAAAGAAAAGCGCAAACUUUCAAACACAAUAAAGUUGGAUCAUCUGGAAAACAAAAUGCCGGGGACGAACAGUAUCAAUGAUAACAAGGAGAACGAAAAGUUCCAAGAUGUCUUGAAAUUAGAUAGUAAUUUGGCUUUGGAAGAUUGUCCUUCAUCUUCAACUAAUCAGCAAAAGUCUCCUUUGGAAGUGAUCUUGGAUUCUGUUGAACCAUUUUCAUGGAGUGAAGAGAUGGAAAAAUCUACUGAAACUGAAAUUUCCAACAAAUCACAACACACGGGUGAUAGACGAGAUAGCCAAGGAACACCUGACUCUUCUGAUGGCUCCGUGGAUAGCGGAAGGGCUACGGGACCUCCAAACUUUCAGAAUGCUUAUGGAGAGAUUGUACCUCAGUAUGAAUUUGAAAUUCAUAAUGGAUUGGUGGGAUUGGUGAUUGGUGUUGGUGGAAAGACGAUCAAGGAGUUGAGUACUAGAACGGGUGUCGUAAUGGAAAUUAAACCUCAUCAUGAGCCUGGAAAACAUGAAUCACAUCAAAUCUGUCAGGUUCGAGGCAAACGUGAGCAGAUCAACAAAUGUCUUUGCAUGCUCAGGAACCGCUUCCCGGCUGAAAGGUUCCCUGAAUUGAACUUGCAACCAGUUCUACCGGGAAAUCCUCCGUUGACUGAUCAACCCAUUCAAGCUUCAUGGUUAACUCUUCCUGAAUAUGUGCCAACCGAAGUCGUCGUUGUUUCCAUGGUUGAUCCGGGUCAUAUCUUUUUGCAACAGCCCACACAUCCUUCAUUCAAUUCGCUGACACUUCUUGACCGAUAUAUGCUUCAAAUUUACACUCAAAGCACGGACACACCAACAAUACCCAAGGAGAAUUGUUCAACCGGAGUACUUUGUGCAGCACCGGUUCUGCAAGCCUGGUUCCGCGCUUUGACUGUCAACUAUUUUGAAGACACAGACGAGGUUCUGAUUCGUUUUGUGGACUAUGGUGGCUAUUUGAAAGUCAAGAGGGAGAUUCUUCGGCAAAUUCGCACUGAUUUGAUGUCACUUCCAUUCCAAGCUGUCGAAUGUUAUCUGGCAAAUGUUCAACCUGUCGAUGGUACCUGGACGUGGUCUACUGAAGCAUAUCAAAUGCUAAAAGAAGUGACGCACGGAAAAGUGAUUGAGGCACACAUCGUCGGGUAUCAUGUCGAGGACCAUGUGCCCUUUGUUGAGCUUUCCAUUCCAGACGGCAACAACCCGCAUCCACUGCGCGUCGAUUGGAUGUUGAUGAAUAUGGGCCUUGCCAAAUCUGCUGACCCUAGCAAGAUGCAACGGGUUCCAAAGACAAAGUCGUGGGUUGCCCAGUCGAGCCCCAGUCCAAAAACAACAACCAACCACCAC